AUGCCUGGCCUACCUGCCAGCAUUGACCUAGAUCAGUGCAUUGCUCAACUGUACAAAAAGAACCUGCUGGCCGAGUCCCUGAUCGAGGCAAUAUGUGCAAAGGCAAAAGAGAUGCUGAUGAAAGAGAGCAACGUGGUACACAUCUCGGCGCCGGUCACGGUCGUUGGCGACAUACAUGGCCAGUUCUUUGACAUGCUCGAGAUCUUCAAAAUUGGCGGCUUUUGCCCCGACACCAACUAUCUCUUCCUCGGCGACUACGUGGAUCGUGGUCUCUUCAGCGUCGAGACGAUUUCCCUUCUUGUUUGCUUGAAAUUACGAUACCCCCAUCGCGUUCAUCUCAUUCGCGGCAAUCAUGAAUCACGAGGCGUUACCCAGUCCUACGGCUUCUAUACGGAAUGCGCCCGGAAAUACGGCAAUGCCAACGUUUGGCACUACUUCACAGACAUGUUCGACUUCCUCACGUUGAGCGUGGUCAUCAACAACCAGAUAUUCUGCGUCCACGGCGGACUCUCGCCGUCUAUACACUCGAUCGACCAGAUCAAAAUCAUUGAUAGAUACCGGGAAAUACCACACGAAGGACCCAUGGCGGAUCUGGUGUGGUCAGACCCUGAUCCUGAACGGGACGAGUUUUCGCUGUCCCCAAGAGGCGCCGGAUACACGUUCGGCGGAGAUGUGGUGAAAAAGUUCCUUCAGGUCAACAGCAUGUCUCAUAUCCUCCGGGCCCACCAGCUGUGCCAAGAAGGAUACCAGGUACUGUACGACGAUCGCCUCAGCACUGUAUGGAGUGCUCCGAAUUACUGCUACCGAUGUGGAAACCUAGCAAGUGUGCUGGAAGUGAGCGAUGCAGGCGAUCGCUACUUCAACAUCUUCGACGCCGCCCCAGAAAAUGAUGUGCAUCGGAACGAGCAACAACAGCAGCAGCAGCAACAACAGACACAAGGGAAAGACAGCCAAGGUUCUCACAUUGAGUAUUUUCUCUAG